AUGGAUUCGCCCGUUCCUGAACAUCCCGCCGCGCGCACCGCUUGUGGAAGCUGUGCGAUCCGCGGAAAACCGUGCAGGGUCGAGGAAGGAGAAGUUGCUUGUACUAGAUGCUCACGCCAUGGCCUAAAUGAAUGCGAUGCGUAUUUCGCAAUGGUGCAACGCCUCAAGGAUGAAAAAGAAUCUAAAAACAAACUUAUGGAUGAAGUUGCAGACCUGAGAGAUGAGAUCAACACACUAUGCAGGAAUACACCUGGAAUUGUGUGCAUGUCUGAUACGGUUACGCAAAUGAAGAACCUACGCAUCGAAACAGCCUCUAUUGAAAGUGAUCUCAUUUCAGAGGGUGUUGUUGCGCUGGAAGAAGCAGAGGAUCUCUUCAGCAUGUUUACGACAUGCGUUAAUCCGCUCCUAUGGGACGGGCUUCUCAUGCAACAUCCUACGUUAGACUCUGCCCGCAGGUCAUCCGCGAUGCUCACGGCUGCCAUUCUUUCUGUCGCUGCACUACUUUCUCCCGACCGAGCCGAAGUAUACCCAAAAUGCCAUGAAAUCUUUGUAUCUCUCUCCCUCAUGGGAAGAUUGGUAGAUACUCACAGUAAUAGCUUGGAUGAUAUUCGCGCUUUGUGCAUUGGUGCAUUCUACCUCAAGUAUUUGGGCGAGCGUCUCUCAAGCGAGGCCAUUCGCAUUUCACGCGACCUCCGCCUAGAUGAAGCCUUCGAUCAAUACAUGCAGGGCGAAGUAACCGAGAUGGAACAUGUUCGGCUGUGGUGUCUCGCCUACAUAUGCGAGCAAUGCUUCACCACCGGGCGCGGCCGUCCUCUGAAGGGUGCUGAGCAUGAACCAGUUUGGGAUAUGACGCGAAUGCCCCUUCAAAAGCAUGCCAGUCACGAAGAUAGAAGGUUAACCGCCCUCGUAUUAUACUUUGAUACCUUGGCAAAUGCCCACACGGCCUUUUACAUGAAUUGCCGCCAGCCUCUGAAAGAAGAUGAUAUGACGACAAUACUGGCGUUCGACGACGCUAUUAAGCGAUGCCUACAGGAAUUCCCGACUGGAACAUUAUAUAGCAGCCACCCUCAUUCUUCUUUGCCGCAGGAUUUGAAGGACAUGUACCAUGCCUUUGCUCAGUUUCAGAUCUACUCACUGGCAUUUCGCGGUAUUUUUCCUGAUGAUAACGGUCCGACGAAUUUUCAAGCGUGGUCAUUCGAGCACUGCUUUGCUGCGGGUGCUGCAAUUGACGCUGCCAUGAAGGUACUGCGCGUCAUAGGUACUGACAGUGAUCUCUCAUUGAAUCUCCGCUAUCUCCCCACUCACGUCUAUCACAUGGUAGGAUUUUCUGCUUCCUUUCUUCUGAGAAUCGUCGGAUUGAAUAUAGGCCUGGGGGGCAGCGCUAUGGGUGACAUCCAUCGACUCGGACUGCCAAUCGAUCCGGGACGCAUUGCCCAUGUUGCUCUGCGCGUAGCUCGGUGUCUACAUACAAAAGGCGCCGACCUCAACGAAGAGCAUACCUCUAAUGUUGUGGCCUCGAGUCUGCUGACCAUGUUGCGGCUGCUUUCUGACUUGCGAUGGGCUGGCAAUAACGAGUUAUGCUGA